AUACGUUAACGUACAAAAGUGCGAGUGGAUGCGAGUGGAUGCGAGCAAGUGGUGCAAAAAUAAAAAUUUAACAAUAAGAAAAUCUUCCGAUACAGUGCUUGUAUUGCAUGAAAAAUAAAAGUUCUUAAUAUUUACUCAUCGGGUGUAAAUUGUGACGAAGAUAAACUGAGUUGGAGAAAAACACAUUUCUAAAAAAGAAUACGUAGUGGAAGUGAUAGUCUGAAAACAUUUAAUAGCAACAAAAUAGUCUGCUAAAGUUUUCGUUAGUUUACGUGCUUGCAACUACACAGAUUGCAAAAGAAAUCGGAAUAAAGAAGACGCUCACAAGAAUAAAGUAACAUAUUGCAGAGCGUAAAGACCGUUUAGCGGUAGCGGUGGAGAGCAGUGACAACGAAAACAUAAAACUUUCGAAACUUUCAAAAAGUAGCUCAAAGCGCAGGUUACACGAGUAUCUGUGUUGGCAUCUAUUACUCUUGCCUAGCAGCGAAUGCGCGAGGCAGACAGUGUGCAACAUUAGCAAAAUAGCUAAAAUAACCAGCGCGUAACGGUCGUUCGUAACUUUGUGAAUUGUGAUUUUUGAUAUUUGAUUUCGUAAAAGGGAAAUUCAGUGAUCAGAAAAAAUUAGUGUAAUGGUUAAAAACCCAAAAAAUCGUUGAAAAGGUGAAAUUAAAUUGGCAAUAGGAAAUACGAAAUACGAAAUACGAAGGAUUGCAAAACGCGCACAAAUCGUCUAAUCACAACGGAAGCGCAACAAAUUUACACACACAGCCACCCACAAAUUAUAAUUGUUAGCACACGCAGAAUUCAUAUAAAUUUGCAUACUUACAUACAUAUAUCAGUGCAUAUGAGCUCACUCUCGUUUGUGUCAAGUUGUGCCAACAAAUUAAUUGGAUUCAAUAUUCUCUAUCGAUCGAGCGUCACAAUUGCUGUACAAUAGCAACAACAUACUAUUUUAAUUUUGCGAUAGUGGAGAGAAGCUUUUAAUAAAUAGCCGGUAAUCAAAUAUUGGAUACGUCAUUUAAACGCUCCAUGCUCUAUUCGAUUAAUUGGAGCGCGUCAAGUGUUUUCUUAUCAAUAAAAAGCAAUAAUAAAUAAAUACAACACACAUACGACAUACGCUACUGUGCUUCCCGGCGGAAGUGGAUUUCCUAACAAUUAUCAAAUUCUCGGAAAUAAAUACCUGAUACAAAAUACACUCGAAUCAAGUAUACUGAAGGUAACCCCCACAUCAGAAUUUGUCGGUCUCCAUUUAAUCAUGCAAGUGGAAUCGAGUUUUAUGAAAUACGCCGGUCGCGUGCCGCCUCUCGACCUCUCGCAGGUCAGCACCAAUUGCCGCAAUGAAAGUGAGCUUCAGCAUCUUUGGAGUAGCAAGGCGAAUUCGCCGUCUGCGCUGAAACGAGCCACCGCGCUAAGGCAUCCUUACUUGCAUUUGCCACAUACACCUGCGCCCAGUCCUACCGCCCCUGCUGCCAAUAGUAAUAAUAACUACAAUAAUAACAUCGAUGAUUGCAUCAGCAACAACAACAACGGCAAUUUUAACACAAUACUACCGCAAAACACCUCACUGCAACAACUGGGUUCCGACGGCUUGCCAUUAGACCCGCGCGAUUGGACACGCGCCGAUGUCUGGAAAUGGCUAAUCAAUAUGGCCCUGUCGGAGGGCCUAGAAGUGACGCCAGAGCUGCCACAAAAGUUCCCCAUGAACGGCAAAGCUCUCUGUCUUAUGAGCCUCGAUAUGUAUUUAUGCCGAGUGCCGGUGGGUGGCAAAAUGCUUUAUCGUGAUUUUCGUGUCCGGUUGGCGCGUGCUAUGGCGUUACUGUCGUAGAUCCUAGACAAUACACUCCUAUAAAUAGUUAUGUAAAAAUUAAAUAAAUAUGGGUUGAUUUGCUAUCAGUUAUAAGCGAUCAUACAUGCACAUGCACAUAUA